CAUAGUAUGAUUAUUGAGUUGCUUGGUUUGAUUUACCCUCGUUUAUUCUUACAAAUCUCAGAAUACUAAAAAAACAGGCUUUUUAAACUAAUAAAACUAGUCAAAGUUGCUAUCUCUUAGUCUUCUGUAUUGAAUAAAUGUAAAUUUCACAUUGGAUCUACUCGAAAAAUAGUUAAAAAUUACGACAAUGGUUGAAGAUUCCAGUUUGAAUUCCAACAAAUCAAAGACUAAAACAACACGCCCUAAAGCGGUGUACUUGUGGACGGAGGCCGAUGUUCAGAAAUGGUUAAGACGGCACUGCAGUGAUUAUUACAAUCUUUACUGGGAGAAAUUCCAUGAGCAUGAUAUAACAGGCAGAGCUCUAGUCAGAAUUAAUGACAACACACUGCUGCGCAUGGGCAUCAUGAACAAGGAACACCGUGAAGCAAUAUGGAGAGAGAUACUGAAGUUGAGGUUGAAGGCUGACAUAGUGGAGAUCAGAGACUUGGAGAGGAGACACAACUACUUCAACUAUGAUUUGUGACAAAAGGACACUUGUGACAGUGACGGAAUAGAAUGGAAAGACCGUUACCCAUUACUCAAAAAAUAUUACAAAAACUAUAACAUAUACAAUAAACGCAGUGCUGUAGCUCAUCUGUACCGUGCCUUACUCAUCAUUUUGAGAAUAGCUAAUAGAAGAAUUAUAAAUAAUAGAUGAUUCAAUUGUUGCUAGUGUAAAAAAAUCCUACUAUAUUAGUAGAUUUUUAAUAAUCAGUUGCUCAUUUAAUUAUUGUACUUUGUAUCACAUUUUUAAAUUAAUACACUUGUUACUUGAACACUUGGAAACUUAGCAUAUUGAGAUAUAUAAGAUUCAAUGUUAACAUUUAAAAAUAAUAUAAAAAAAAGCUAUAAUUUACAUGGCUACUUAGAUAUUGCAGGAGUAUAACUCCGGUUUGCCUUGUAAAUCCGUCGCUAUUCUAUAAUAGUAACUAUCUAUAUAGUAAGAAGCUCAAUCAAAUAUUUAUUUAAGAAUACUGACAAUGAUGCUGAUUCUAAAUAUUUUGUUGCUGUAAUAUCUUGGCAAUAAGUAGUCUGAAAAUGUUUAAGUUUGGAUGUAAGUAGGUAUGUAAUAUUUAUUCCAGUGUUGCAAGGCUAUUAGAUACUAUCCAAAAUGAAACAUGUACUUAUUACUCAUGUAUUUUACAUAACAUACAUAUAAAAUUAUAGAAUAUUAUAGAAAUACUAUUUGCUUGUAAUGCUUCAUUAAAAUGAGUGCUAAAUAAUACCCACUAUACAAUAAAAUAAAUGGUACAAUGAAUACGAUUUAUAAGUAGUCUAGUAAUAUUUAAGUAUUGUGAUUUUAAAA